AUGAAGCUCUCUCUUCGUUUGAUCCCAGCCAUUCCCCUCUUGUACAUGCUCCUUGUUGCGACAGGGAUGGGUCCGGUCACGGUGGAGGCACGCAUGUGUGAAACGAGUAGCCAGUUGUUCAAUGGACUGUGUCUGAGCACAACCAAUUGUGCCAAUAUUUGCCAGAAUGAAGGUUUUCCGAAUGGUGACUGCCAAGGAUUCCGCCGUCGAUGCAUCUGCAAUAGACCAUGUUGA